AUGGCUCGACCUCGACGACGAAGAAAGAUCAAAAAUCCGUCGACCAAAGUGACGAGGCGUACUGCUAACAAGCAUUUCAAGAAAGUCAGAAUUACGGGACAUGACUUGAUUGCUGCAAACUGGGAUCCCAAGGCUACGCUUCGACAAAACUAUCAAAAACUAGGGCUGAUGUCGAUGCUGAAUGCUCCGGCUGGAGGCGUUGAAAAGACCAACCCGGAUAAUGAGGAGGAAGUUGAUGUGGAAACGUUGAAAAACAUUUUGGGUCCAGAUGCGGGCAUCAUAGAGCGAGAUGAAGAGGGGAAU